GCAGCAAUUGCAGUUUCAAUUGUAAAAUGAAGUACGACUAUUUGUGGCUUACGAUGCUUGGAUGGCUGCUGUGCCUUGGCAUGGUGAGCGCCAAGCCAGAUAUGUGCAGUGAGCAGCAUUCGAAGUCCGGCAUGGAACAGGAUGGCGCUGCCUGCAUGGCCUAUAUGCCCAGCUGGACCUACGAUUCGUCCAAGAAUGAAUGCAUUGAGUUCGUCUUUGGUGGCUGCGGCGGCAAUAAAAAUCAAUUUGGCAGCAAAAGUGAAUGCGAAAAGGCCUGCAAGGACUAAUUUGGCUCAUCCCAUUGAGGCAUCUCAAACCGGUUGCAAGUGCU